AUGCCUACUAUUUAUCCGCCACCUUCAUCCCCCCCCGGCAAGCCCGAAACGUUUGCUUACUUCGGAAUGAAUCCAACUGCUUAUCUCGGACUCCACAUCGAGGGAAAUGCGCAGAUGCAGACAACAACCGACCGCAAGAAGAUCAUUGACACCCUUUCCUAUCCUGGACUGGCCGUGAAGGGAAUUGCGGCAGUCGGACCAACACUAGACAUUUAUGGCGAAAUCCGAGGCAAGGUAACUUUGCAUGGCGAGGCGACUGCCGGAGCACAACUGUCCUUCGGGAAGGCGGAGGUUUACUGGCCGCAGAAUGAUGAUGCAAAGGAUAAGUAUGAGACACUGCUAGGGCUCCAAAGUGACGUACAGGCGCCCGCUCCUGGUUCUGUUGAGCCAGUCUUUGAAGCAGGUGUGGCUCUGGACGCGCAACUCGACAUUAUCGUAACACCGGAGGCACAUGUUGGUAUCAAAAUCGGCGGCGGGAAACUCGUCGGCGGUGCUACCCUAAUGGACGCGCAGUCAACCGGCUACGUAAUGGGCGACUUAUCCUUCCAGGCUCACGGUGAUUAUGACACGACUGGUAACGAGUUCAACUACAGCUUCGGAGCGUACCUCUUCUACAAUCUCGGGUACAAGGCCACGGCCCAAAUUCUCAACUUCAUCGAUUGGGCACUAGCGCCUCGACUGGCAUACGACCCGCGUAAGACGUUCAAGCUGUACGAGAAGAAGGGUUCAAUCCCAAUGUCGUCAUCAGCUAAAUCAAAGCGCGAGGCCGCCAUCGAUGGCCCUUUGCACCAGAAUCUUGUCGAGGUCGGCUCGUUGACCAACGGCUCUAUCCCUACAUACCUUGAUUCCGCCUCGGGUUUGUCCAAACGUGGUGAUGAAAUGGAUAUCGAUGGCCCCAAUGCUCCAGAGUUUACGCAGAACCUCAAGUGCCCCCCGGGCACCAGUGGAGACGUUCGGCUGCCCGAAAUUCGAUUUAACUGCGACUUCCUCAACGACUUUAUUGAACAGGGCAAAAAUGACAAAAUGGAUGCUAUUACCGGUCUCUGUACGCCCGUGCUGAACAUCCCUGACAAUAAACGCCAGAAGCUAUUCACCUUCUCGAAUGACAAAUUAAGGAAGGAGGCACGAUAUAACGCACAAUGUAAAUCAGGGACCUGCACGCAGGCAACUACUGACUUGCGAGACCACCAGGGGAAUAAGAAGCUGGAGCUGCAGUGCGACGAGUUCCCCUGGAAAUCUUCCGAGCAAGGCGGCGACUAUCUCGCUAGUGACGCUCGCACAGGUACCUGCGUGGCAUCUUACCAGAAUAACUGGCAUGGGCAAUGUCUUCGGAUGAUAGGAUACAUGCAAUCAAACUGGGCCAAGCUUGAGCCUGAGAGGGAAGACGGAGACGACCGCGGCGACUUCUGGCAGGAUUGGAGAGAGGAUUCAUGGACAAAACCUGGGCAGCACGGAUCUAAAGGUUCGCAAUACGAGCAGAGACUGAAGGAAUACCCCGAAAAGCAGCCCCUGCCUGACGGAGUCACCACGCGAAACAACGAUAAAAUAUCCUGGGUGUUUAAACAGGACUACGAAGUAUCCUUCAUCCGUCAAGACCCAAGCACUAUCGAUGGUAGUACGUGGUGGGGAGCGACGAGUCACAAGUUCCAAAAGACGACCCACAGUGGCCCAUCAGGGAUGGAUGCCAUCUUUUGCGCGAUUAACCAUUUUGGCCAGGAUAACGUAUAUAAGUUGCCAAACGGCUAUAAUGGCCUUUGCCGAAGGAAUAACGGUAGCCCCCUCACAGGUUGGAAUGUCGGCUUCAACAUGGCUAGGUGCGAGGUGAAGUUUGCGAACCCCAGUAGUAGUAGCAAGCGAAGUAUCGGCACCUUUGCUGGGUGGGAAGUGGAAAGUGUGCCAAUGCUGGAUGAGGACGACCAUGAAUAG